AUGUAUAGAAAGGAUCGAAUCAGGUCAGCCCUAAAGUUUUAUGGAGAAAAUGCGACGAUUCACGGAAUUGGAGCCAUUUAUAACAGUUUGUCAGCGUUGAAGAAGUUUGUUUUUGUCCUCUUGUUCAUUUGCUUGCUUGUUACAGUCACCUUUGCAGUCUAUGAUUCUAUCUACGUCUUCACACAGCGAGAGGUGUACACAAAGAUUGAAAAGUUGACACAUAGUCGCAUAGAGUUUCCCAGCGUGACAAUAUGCCGCAACGGCAAAGCCACAAAAUCUAGUUUACCCAUCGACAUUGUGAAUAAAAUCACGAGGAAACUUGAUGAGAUGAAAACGGGCAAUCUUAAUAUCUCUGAUCUCCUCGAUUUCAUUGAAAAUACGUCUUUAGAGGUACAAGCAGUCUCUGAAAACAGCAACAUAUCAGUUCCUGAGCACCCACCAAUGUUACUGAGGCAUAUCAAAGAUGCCUGUUUAUUUGCAUCGAAUAAAUAUUGCAACGUCACCAGAGAUUUCAGAUCUACCUACGGGACUGAUGCCUGCUAUACCUUUCACGGACCGGGGCCAAACACAUACUUUCAGGCUGAAAACGGACCGUUCUUUGGCUUGCAAUUAAUACUUUAUGUCAACGAAUCUGACUACUUGCCACUGAUAGGAACACAAAACGGUGCUGGUUUUACCAUUUACAUCCAUGAACGGGAUACCAUUCCCUUGUUUGAAAUUGGUGGUAUUCUCGUUGCCCCAGGAACAUCAACUCAUAUUUCUUUUUUCAAAAGUGAAACCAUCUCCCUUAAAUACCCAUUUCGUACAAACUGCACUGAUGGAGAAGGAUUCACAAACUACUUGCCUGGUCGUUAUACGUAUCUGUCUUGUCUGGCUACUUGCGUGUAUAAAAAUGUUUUUGAAAAAUGCAGCUACGUGAACCCUCUGAUUAGGGGAAGUUUUAAACCAAAGAAUAAAUCAAAUGUUACGUUAGAAAUGCUUAAAUGUGAACUUAAAAUGCGAAAUAAAUAUCUCGAGGGUGUACGUGAUUUUUUUUGUGAUUGCCCUAAAGCCUGCAAAGAAGUAGGAUACAAUUCAAGGGUGUCAUACUCGAAGUGGCCUGUCGAUGGGGACCUACCAAUAUACCGAGCUUUUGCAAAGUCAGUCCUAGGAUCUGACAAAAAGAAUGUCAGUGAUGAUUUCAUCUCCAAGAGUUUCCUCAAGAUAAAGGUUUACUUUGAUGAGCUGCACAUAAUGCAUUACAAAACAAAAGAACUUGUUGGUGAACUUGAUCUUAUCAGCAACAUUGGUGGCCAUCUUGGAUUUUGGUGUGGAGCCUCUGUUUUCUCCGUCUUUGAAACAAUUGCUUUUUUUGGCUCUUUGAUUUACUGGGCCUGUUGUGGUAAAGAGGACACGAAAACUGAUACAGCACGGAAUCCAGAAGAUGUUGAAAUAAAUCUCUGAGACAGUACUUUGAACCAAAUAGGAGA